AUGACUAAGCCCAAAGCUAGCGGACCGCGACCAUUUCAACCUCCAAUCGAUUUCGAGCUGUGUCAAAGGGACGACGAAACAGGACCAUUGGGACAGCAAAUAUCAAGAUGCUUUCCCGGCGAAUUGCAAAUGCACGCCCGCUACGAAAUUCCAUUCCCGUGGUCCGACGAACAGUUCUCCAACAACGAGGAGCGGCGCAACAGGCAGCAUCUGGACCAGAGUAUCCUAAACUGGUCAACCGAUGUUGAGGAUCCAGGAAUGAAUGGAGGAUAUAUCAAUCCGCCCCCAAUCAAGAGACAAUUCCGUGAUCCACAUGCAGAUUGGUGGGACAAGCAAGAGCGACGAAACUACGGAGAGCCGAUUCAUGAAGACAAUGAUAUCCUAGGAAUGUUCUCCCCCGAGGAGUACACACACACCAAGCCAGGAAAGGGUCUGUUCCAAAUUGGUUGCUUCGUAGCAGCUGUUCUUGGUCUCUGUGCUGUAGUUGGGUCCGUAUACCCGGAUAAGCAGUCAGCGCCAAGGGAGUUUGAGGGUGGACUUGAACGGGAAUUAGGUGGACCCAACGCAGUGAGGGCGAGAGCUCCUGGGGAUGAAUAG